ACGGGUCUGACGGAUGGACGCGCCCUAACUCGCAGAUCGCACUUCGCAAGCCGCGCCGCCGCCGCUCCCCACGCUCGUCGGGCACACGCCGUUCAGGCCACUCCACUCCCCCCACCCGUCCACCGUCCCCCCACCCGGCGAAUCCGUCGCCUCCCUCGCGGCGCGGUGGCCACGCCUCUGCGCUCCCCCUCCCCAGGGUCGCGCGCCGGCGGCGAGCCCCGCAAUAGGGCAAAGCGCGACUGAAUCGGCGGCCAGUCGGAGGCGCCGGGCGGGGGCGGCACCGCGGCAGGCUGCCAGCGAAUAGGCCGGUUGCCGCUCCAUUCGUCUUCGGCUGAUGGCUGUCGACGCCAUGUUCCCUGUCCUGCGCUUCUCCGACUACUUCACUCGGCCGUCGGUCGAGGAGCUGGUCGAGAGGGAGGCGGCUGACCCGGGCUACUGCAGCAGGGUUCCAGAUUUCGUCGUCGGCAGGGUGAGGUAUGGGCAGGUUAAGUUCUCUGGCAGCACCGAUGUGAGGGGGCUGGACCUGAACGAAAUCGUCAAGUUUGGCCGCCAUUCUGUGGUGGUUUACCGGGACGAGGCUGGCAAGCCGGCCGUAGGGCAUGGCCUCAAUAAAGCUGCAGAGGUGACCCUGAAGCUGGAUUUGAGUACACUUCCGAAACCCGGCCUCCUAGUUGAGUUGCUAAGGUGCCGCGCGAAGAAGCAAGGUGCUAGGUUUCUCUCGUUCAAUCCUGUGAAUGGUAGCUGGAAGUUCGAGGUCGAUCACUUCAGUAGGUUUGGGCUUGUGGACGAGGAGGAUGAUGAUGUUGCCAUGGAUGAGCCGGCUGUACGACAACCGAUUGCUGAAGCAAGAGACCCACCUUCAAAUGGGCAUGAACUGGAGCUUUCGCAUUCGUUGCCUGCUCAUCUUGGGCUUGACCCUGCAAAGAUGCAGGAAAUGCGGAUGGCAUUGUUUCCCAAUGAUGAGGAAGACGAAGACAUGGAGGAUGGCUUUCCAUCUGAUCACAGACACCUCAGCAGAGAAAGGAUGAAUGUGGAUUCACCCAACACAAGUGGUAAAGGUCCGAGGAUGAGGUCUCCGUCUCCUUUGCACGGUUCUUCUCAGAAAUUUGGAAGGAGAUAUGGUGUGCUUGCAAGGAAAGAACCACAUGCACUGCUGGAAUACAAUGUAAAUUCUACAGAGCUUGGUGCAUCUUCUCAUGGUAUUCUCAUGUCUGGAAAAAACAAGGGAUUUCCGGUGAGAAUGACCAAGGUAGAAGGCUUCAAACUACCAGCUGAGCAAGCAACUCCUGUUGCUGGGAAAGUAUAUUCUAACUGCGUAGUGGAUGCUGCUUUAUUUAUGGGUAGAUCAUUUCGAGUUGGUUGGGGACCAAAUGGCAUCCUUCUCCAUUCUGGCAGUCCUGUCAAUACUCCUGGAACUGGCCUUUCUUCUGUUAUUCACAUAGAGAAAGUUGCAGGUGAUAAAGUUGUGCGUGAUGAGCAGAACAAAGUUAAAGAGGAGCUGGCAGAACUAUGUUUCUCAGAUCCAAUGGACCUCCAUAAGAGGCUUGACCGCGAAAUUCUGGAAACUGAGUCUGACUCGUUUAAAUUAAAGCUUCAGAAAGUUGUGGCAAGCCGUUUGGUUUUGCCAGAUAUUUGCAGAUCAUAUAUUGAUAUCAUCGAAAGGCAGCUUGAAAUCAGUGAUUUAUCCAUGCCUUCACGUGUGCUGUUAAUGCAUCAAGUUACAGUUUGGGAGUUAAUUAGGGUCCUGUUCUCAGAGAGAGAAGCUGGCGGCCAGUUGGAAUUUUGUGGUGAUGAGGAUCAGGAGGGCAUGAUGUUGGAUAAGAAAGAAGGUUCUGUGAACAUUGACCCUGAAGCACUUCCUUUGGUUAGGAGAGCAGACUUUAGCAAUUGGUUACAGGACAGUGUUUGUCAUCGGGUACAAGGAGAGGUAGGUUCUUUAAGUGAUGCCAGAUACUUGGAGCAUAUUGUUCUGCAUUUGACUGGUCGACAAUUGGACACAGCCACAGAAAUUGCUGCUUCAAAGGGCGAUGUCCGCUUGGCAAUCCUGCUAAGCCAGGCAGGUGGAUCGAUGUUAAAUCGCUCGGAUGUUGCUCAGCAGCUGGAUCUGUGGAAAAUAAAUGGUCUGGACUUCGAUUAUAUUGAGGAAGACAGGUUAAAGAUAUACGAGUUGCUUGCUGGUAACAUACAAGGCGCUUUACUUGAUUCACCAAUCGACUGGAAAAGGUACCUUGGUUUAAUCAUGUGGUAUCAGUUGUCACCAGAUACAUCACUUGAUAUUAUCAUUCGGUGUUAUCACCAACUACUUGGUGAGGGCAAAGUUCCAAAUCCUGUUCCUGUAUACAUCGAUGAAGGACCUCUCGAGGAAGCACUUCAGUGGUCCCCAGGUGACCGGUUUGACAUAUCUUUUUAUUUAAUGCUUCUUCAUGCAAACCAAGAUGAGAAGUUUGGGCUUCUAAAGACUAUGUUCAGUGCAUUCUCGUCAUCAUAUGAUCCCAUGGACUACCAUAUGAUCUGGCAUCAACGAUCUAUUCUCGAAGCUAUUGGUGCUUUCAGUACAAAUGAUCUUCAUGUACUGGAUUUGAGUUUUGUCCAUCAGUUACUAUGUCUUGGGAAGUGCCAUUGGGCUAUCUACGUCAUUCUGCAUAUGCCACAUCUGGAUGAUGCCCCUUACAUCCACGAAAAGUUAAUUAGGGAAAUCUUGUCGCAGUAUUGUGAGAUAUGGAGCAAAGAUGGGGCUCAGAGGCAAUAUCUUGCAGAACUUGGUAUACCAGCAGAAUGGAUACAUGAGGCUCUGGCUCUUUAUCAAGAAUACUAUGGAGAUCGACAAGGUGCACUGGGGAAUUAUAUUCAAUGCGGCAAUUGGAAGAAAGCUCAUACCAUUUUCAUGACAUCUGUUGCUCAUUCUUUGUUUCUGUCAUCCAAACAUCAAGAAAUCUUUGACAUUACAAGUGCUUUGGAGAAUCACAAAUCUGAAAUUGCUGACUGGGACGUUGGUGCUGCAAUAUACAUAGACUAUUUCAACAUAAAAAACUCCAUGCAAGAAGAAAGUACUAUGGACAAUGAUUCAGAUCCACUUGAGAGUAAACAUGAAUUGUGCAAGAGUUUCUUCGAUCGAUUAAAUGACUCGCUGGGUAUCUGGGGAAGCAAAUUACCCAUUGAGGCAAGGGUAUGCUUCUCGAAGAUGGCAGAGGAGCUCUGUGAGCUUCUAAUGAGUUGCCCCGGCGAGGGUUCGGCGCCAGAUCUCUUCAUGCGCUGCUUUCAGACGAUGCUCAACGCCCCUGUCCCCAAUGAUGACAGGGCGUCCUACCUGCAGGAGGCGGUCUCUGUUUUCACCGACAUACUCUGCGGGGACUCAUUCUAGGUGACUCAUGGCGUAGUUUCUAUGGAUGAUCCAUAAUGUAGUUUCCGCGUGCUCAAGGCAGUCACGGAAUCUGGGUUGGGCAAGAGCUCUGAAUCUGCAUGCCGCACAUAUGGAACAAGUCACAGAAAAUUGCGUGUCCGAUGCACAGCAGAACCUGCUAUGGUCGGUGCAAAGAAGUGCCCAUCGUUGUAAACUCCUGAAGUAGUCCGACGAUAUUUUUUCUGCACGCGUGCCGCUUUUCUUGUAAUCUGUGCGCCGCACCCAUUCAGGCAUCGUCUUUUUUGUUAUUAUUACGAAGAACAGCAUCUCAUGCAGGGGUUGUAAGGUAGUAUGUCUCAUUGUGUGGAUUGAAAGAUCAAAGAGUUGUUGUAGAUC